AUGCGGCUUCCUGCACUACUUUCCCCGGCGUUGGUCGCCGUAGUCUCCGCCAUAUUCAUUGAGCCUGAGUCGUUUCGUACAGAAGGCGUGACAGCGCCGCUGGGCAUCCAUGCGACCAACCCAGUCUUGUCUUGGCGCCUCCAAUCUGACCGCCGCGGUGAUAAUCAGACGGCCUACCAACUUCAGGCUGCCUCGUCCUCCGAUGCUUUUGCGUCUUGGAACGGCAGCACUCUAAGUUCCCGGAACCAAGUGUACUGGCGUGUUCGAGCCUGGGACGCAGAUGAUGUUGCGUCAUCAUGGAGCGAACCUUCCACCUUCGAGCUCGGGCUAUUGGAAGAAAGCGACUGGACUGCGCAGUGGAUCGAGAACAAUGAGUUUGUCACGGGUGUUAAUUCCCUACCUCUCUUUGCCAGCGUAUUCAACGCCGAACUCAACGGCAAGUCAGUGUCCGACGAAGUCCUCGGCCCCGGAUGUUUUACCAUCAACCGUACCAUGUUGUACCGCGCCUACGAUGUCACCGGUCUUCUCACUGAGGGCGACAAUGUGAUUGGUGUUUUUAUUGGCAAAGGCAUGUAUAACUCAGACAAGCCCCUGCUAAACCGCUAG